AUGCCCGAAACGGAUUUAGAAACAUGUGAGAAAAUACUAAAGAAAACAUCCCAAGAGAUGGUCGAUAUUAUCUACGAUACGCUCGAUAUUGUCGAUAAAGUAUUACGCAAUGCCAAGAUUAAUUAUACUAUCAUUUGUGGAACGAUGCUUGGCAGUUAUAGACAUGGCGGACAAAUACCUUGGGACGAUGAUGGUGAUAUUGCUAUCGAAAUGAAAGACGUGGAACGGCUGGUUGCUCUGAAAGAAACAUUUGCUAAUGAAGGAUAUAUUUUGGAUGAACAGCCGUUUUUCGGUUAUCGUGUUUAUGAUCCUCGUCGAACGAUGAUUCGCAUUAGCGAUGGUGUUCCAAUUCCUUUCGUUGACAUCUUUUUAAUUUGUACAAACGAUAAUAAGUAUGAAGUUCUUGACGGUGUUCUCGAGCUAUUUCCAGGUGAAGCACUACCAUACGGAUGUUUUCAGCGUCUUGUCGAUGUUCCAUUCGGUCAUUUAACAUUACGUGGAAUGAAUGACGAAGAUGCUCAACGACAUUUGGACGAAAACUUUGGAUCAGAUUGGAAUAAAAUCGCCUGGCGUAUUUUCGAUCAUGUUACUGGAGAUGAAUUACCCAAAGUAUGUGUUAAACUUGACCGACCUGAACUUCGUCGGCCCGCUCUUCAUUCAAAACAUUGUAUGUUUGUUGAAUCUUCCGUUGUCAAAUAG